UAUUCAUACAUGUAGUUAUAAUUCUAUAUUUCUCCUUUUAGUGAAGCAUAAUCCUUUGUCAAUGAAUAUGCAUUGAUUAAAAUUUACUGUGCUUAUUGUCUGAACACAUUUGUUUACAGGCGUGUUAUGGACGAAAACUUAACGGAGAAAAAUAAGACAAAGAAUGGCACAGGGAGGAGGACUUAGCGGCACUGGGAAGCUGCGGCAGUUCAUGUGCAUCGAGUACCCGGGUCUUGUGAAAAAUGUUGACAAAAUGCUCGAGACUCUCGGAGGUGUAGAGAAGAUAUCGGAGGUGUAUUGUGAGGAUAAUAGAAGGAUGGAGUUGCGUUUCCGUCCUGAUGAUGUGUACUGCAAACCCACCUGCGGAGAGCAACACAACUCCACGGCCUUGCUGUUACGUGUUGUCCGCAGAAAGAAGAAAAAAAAGAAACAACAAGAGGCUGAUCCAAAGGUUCCAGAGGCAGUUGCUGGGAGUAGUGCCGAAGAUCCGAGCCCACCGGAAGGAGACGCAAGCACCUCAGUGAGAUCAGAACUCAUAGGCGUUGUUCAUACUAUGUACAAGUUUAACAAUCUGUGCGACUUUCAGUAUGUGCCUGUAGUCAACACAGAAGACGGCCUUGCCCAGGAGUGUGUCUAUGACCAGCUUGUCCCUCAGGGAAUGGAAAAGGCCGACUGGCUUAACCAACCUGCGCCCUUGUUUCUACCCCCAGCGGCUUUCACACGCAUGGAUGCUCCACAAGACUACCGAUACAGACGAGAAGCCAACAGCGACUCCAAAUCCAGAGUGCCACAGAAUAUCAUUUGUCGGACACGUCAGAGAAGAACCCACUUUGCCAUCUUUCAUUCCUUCAAGGAUGAUGAAGUGCCCAAAGACCCCCUGCCAGGAGCAAUGUCACAAAUCCGCAUCAAGUUCAUGGACAAUGCGUUCUAUCAGGGUCUCAAGGACGAAUUUGAUAAACGACCAAUCUGGUCUAAAAAUGCCCUGCAGGUUUGGCUGGGAUAUUCCAAGGAUAAACUUAAGUACCUGCUCCCAACGCUCUCCUAUUACUUCCACACGGGUCCCUGGAGGAACCUCUGGGUGCGGCUGGGCUAUGACCCUCGGAAAGAUCCCAACGCUUGGAUCUACCAGACCUUCGACUACCGCAUCAGGCAAGCAGGUGGUGUCAAAACUAAAGUGGAGGCGAAACGCAGCUACUCCAACUACGUCCUUCCUUACAAGAGUUCAAACACCUCAAGGAGAAAGACUUCUGUGAUUCAGUCGCUGCACCUUGGGGAGGCUGGGGAGGACGGCAACGAGGAAGCCGCAGGUAAAGAGAAGAACCUGGAAGAACUCUACAUCUUCAGGCCAGGAAUGAUACCUCCUUACAGGCAGAUGUUCUACCAGGUGGGCUAUGUUGUUUGGUUUCAAACUCUUUCUUGUGGCGCCUGUGUUGUGUUUCGUGUGUCUCCUUGUGAUAAGCGUCUGUCUCAACAUAAAUACGCUAUAUCUAGGGGACACAAUAACAAUGCCCUCUUCUACAAUCAUUGGGGCAAUGGCCAUAAGAUGGAAAGGAAAGCAGCGCGCAUUGUCUUCCCUGCCGCUGAUGUCCAUAUCCGCAGACUGGCGGAAUCUUCUCUGGUUAAGCUGCUGCCCAACUUCAACUUGAACAGGGGUUUUUCUCAUGCCGACAGCCUCCUAGCUUCCCACAUCCUCCGCCUCCUUCCUUAUGCUACUCAUCCUACACAGAGACCGCCUAAUCCUUCGACCUGA